UGCCCAGUCCCAAUGCGUUCGUCGCCACUACGACGCCCUCGGCCCCGUUGCUUCGACGCCACGCCUCGAGCCGAGCCGCCUUGCCCUCUGUCGAGUCGACGUCGCUGAAGAACGUGGCGCACCCCAGCACUGAUCCUAAACGCUCUACCCGCUCGAUUGACGUGGCGUAUACCACCGCCUUGCCUCGCCCGCCGCUGGCCAGAAGCUCACGUACCCACUGGACUGCUACCCGGCAUACCUCGGCCUCAACCGUGUCAAGUGUCUUGAGCGCCGCGUCAUCUUCGUCUUGUUCUGCGCCACCGUCGUCCUCGUCACUGAUCCUGUCGCUUGCUAUGACGACGGAAUAUCCUAUGUUCUUGCGCGUCGUCGCUGUUCGGAACAUGCUGACACGACUUGCCUCUAGUCGCAUCGCGUGGAAGAAUGCUGCUUCGUCCCUUGGCGCGAGCGUCGCCGUUAAGCAUAUCGUUUGUACACCGAACUCGCGAAUCGCCUCCCCGAGCUCGCUGAGCCGUGGCCGGAAGCUCCGUGAACCCUCUAGUACGACAUGGCACUCGUCUAUAACGACGCGGUCUAGCGCCUGCCUCCCUUCUAGCCGUGCGAUGAAGUCUCUGAACCCCUUUGUAACGGCUGACUCGACCGUGACGAAGAUGAUGGACGCCGCCUGGUUGUUCUUCCGGCUCUGCCACACGUGCGAUGUGAUCCCCGCCUUGACGCAUCGCCUGUGCAGAUCCGUCCGCAGCGCUACCAGCGGCGUCACAACCACCGUCACCCCGUCCGGCGAGCAGAACGCCGGCAACAUGAACGAGACGCUCUUGCCGCCGCCCGUCCCCAUCACCUGCACGAUCGGCGUAUACCCGCUAGCGAUGGCGAGCACCGCUUCUCUCUGGUUUCCGCGGAACCCCGCCGAGUCGUCCCCCGUCAUCUGCCGUAGCUGGCCCUCCAAGUCUAUCCUCCUUAGCUUCUCGAACCGUCGGAGCCUCGCCUCGAGCCGUGGCCCUUCGUACGCCUCCGUCUUUUUCCUCUUAUAUCCCGCGGAGUCCCAUUUCGACUCCGAAUCCUCGGCGCCGAACCCUAGAAACCUGUGCCACUGACGGCUAACUCUGCGGAACUGUUAUUGCCUCGCCGCGA